GGGGAGAAAGGGAUGCUGUUGCCAGGGAACACUGGCGACAACGAGAACCACUGAAAACAGCAGCAGGAUUAUAACAGAGAUCAGUGUUUCUUUUGCUCAAGUUACUGCAGGAUUAAAAGAAAGCCUCUCCAGUGGGAAAAUCUGGAUGUACUCAAUAGAAGCAGCCUCAGAAGAAAAGGAAUAUUUGGAGCCAGUAUUGAAACGAGUAACAAGAUCAUGAUGCUACAGCCGUUGGACUUUGACUGCAGAAUUUGGUUGGGCUAUCAGGGGUAAGAAGGAGCCUGUCGACUCAAUCUUCAAGGCGAGUCUUUUUCCUAACAAAGGUGGACAGAGACGAAGGAAAGGAGACGAGGAGGGUAGAGAGGGGGGUUCCACACAGAGGUGCCUCCUGUCCUCGAGCACCUGCUGCUGGCUAGCGCCUGACAUUGAGGACACUGUCUGUGUGUCUGCAUGAGUGUAUGUGCAUGUGAAGUAGGGCAAGAGAAGACAAAUUAAUUUGUGUCAGUUUGGAGGAUCGAGUCAAUGUUAUAGGAGGAGAAAGGACGUACACACAUACACGGACAGACAGACCAUCGUAAGAAUUUGAAGGAGGUCUCCAACAUCACAUGCCCCCUGUUCUCCUUCCUGAGGGAUGGGAACCACAGAAGCAACUUUACGAAUGGAAAACAUGGAAGUGAAAGAUGAGUGGCAAGAUGAAGACUUCCCCAGACUUCUACCUGAGUACGGGGACAUGGACUCCUCUUGUGGCCUCACAGACAACAGAUCACCUCCCAAUUCCCUAAAUGUGAGCCCACCUGGAGGAGGCGCUGCAGUGUCUUCCUCGCGUCGAACACGUCGUACAUUGGUUGCCCCGGAGAUGAACCUGUCCUUGGAUAAAAGCGAGGGAUCUCUGCUGUCAGAUGACUUGCUGGACACACCCGAUGACUUGGACAUCAAUGUGGACGACAUCGAUACACCAGAUGAGACUGAUUCGCUGGAGUUCAUCACUAAUGGCAACGACCUGGAGUGGGAAGAUGACACUCCAGUGGCCUCAGCCAAAGCAGGUCCAACUGGUGGUUCGGGAGACUUGGAGGAAGAGGGAAAUGCCAACAAUGGACGUCUCUGGAGGACGGUGAUCAUUGGAGAACAAGAACACAGGAUUGACAUGCAGAUCAUCCGGCCCUAUCAAAGAGUCAUCACCCAUGGAGGUUAUUUUGGGGAGGGCCUGAAUGCCAUCAUUGUAUUCUCUGCAUGCUACCUGCCUGACAGUAGUAUUCCAGAAUACCACUACAUUAUGGAAAACCUCUUCCUGUAUGUGGUGAGUAGUCUUGAGAUGCUUGUGGCUGAAGAUUACCUGAUCAUCUACAUGAAUGGAGCUACACCCAGGAGUAAAAUGCCUGGAAUUAGCUGGCUAAAGAAAUGCUACCAGAUGAUUGACAGAAGGUUGAGGAAGAACUUGAAAUCUCUGGUCAUUGCUCAUCCUACCUGGUUCAUUCGCACUGUACUGGCUAUCUCCAGGCCCUUUAUCAGUGUGAAGUUCAUGAAUAAGAUCCAGUAUGUUCACAGCCUGGAUGAACUUGCCCAAAUGGUACCCAUGGAGCAUGUACAUGUCCCGGAAUGUGUUGUGCAGUUUGACGAGGAGAGAAUUAAAGCCCGACGGGAAAGAAUGGAGCAAGAGCAGAGACAGCAACAGUCCGUCCCUCAGUCAGAGAGGCCAAAGUCAAUGAUUGUAGAACAAGGAUUAUAAAAUGUGAAAAACCUUCUUACUUAAGUGUGCCACAUGGAAGUAUGACUGUUCAUCUAAGCUCCAAGAUCCAACGUGUCCACAUGUGCGUAUCAUUUUUUUUGACCACAGUACAGUGGCAAAUACAACAUCCCAUCCUUUUCACCCCUUUAUCGAAAGGGAUUCAUUCACAAAUGUAACAUUUGAGAAUUUCGGGGGAAAAAAUUGCACUUUAAUGUUGGAACGUUUGCCGUACACGAGUCACUGGAAAACUGAGCAAAGAUGUACAAGUUGAUCAAGUGAGAUACAAGCAAAAGAUCAUUGGAUGUAAAUACUGCAAUAUAAUGUAUUUGUUUUGCUCCAUACUGUACAUCCUAAAACCCUUAUGAGCUUUCUAUUUUUGCUGUACUGACCUGAGAAUUGAUCAUGUUAAUAUGCACUGGCAAGGCCAUUUUCUCUGACCUCCAUCUGUUCUUAGACACCUUAUCAUGUGCCUCUGUCUGCUCGCGUGUGAAACGUGGAACUAUUAGCCCAUGCAGAUGCUCUUAUUAAAUUAUGUACUGUACUGUAUUUAACCCCUUUUUUGGCCUAGAGCUAAGAAAUAACACAACAGAACAACACUCAAGUUAAUCAUCCAGGAACCCUCCAAAAAUGCAAACAAAGAUCAGUAGAAACAAAAUGCAGGCUCCUUGGAGGAGGUUAUAAACACAGCUGUUAUAAGCCCAUCUGUGCACUUUUGUGGUGUCAUUAUAAAUUAAACACAUCAACAGAUGGGUUUAUGAUUACAUUGUACUGUAUUAAUGCUGCUCAUAUCAAAAUAUGAAUGAAUCAAUGUGUUCCUACUUCUGCAUAGCAUGUUUAUGAUCCUACAAAUGUAUUCAAUCUAAAAUAUGCUAUUUUCACUUAGUUUUGCUUUUUUUUGUCUGUUGGAUUUCACAUUUUGCACGUCUUAAAAGCACAUUCAGAUUUUUACUCACAUUUUGUUUUUAUAAAUGGAAACUAAAAGUUCUCCAAUGAAGAACAUUCUGGGAAGAACAAACACAAAAAAAUCUCUUAGUAUUUUAAUGUCAACUUGUUCAUUAUAAUCACAUUUUUUCAGUUAAAGACAAAACUUUAAUUGUUUUGCUUGUCUGACAAACUUUUUUGGUGCCAGUUUUCUGAAAUAUCUAAUUUUAUGGAGAGUAUUUUCCCCCUUUCUGCUCUUUCCUGUCUUCCAUUAGUGCAACACUUACAGUAGCAGGAUGACAUCAAUUAUUAUUUUUCUAAUAAAUCAUCAUCAUUGUGUUAGUUUUAAACAUAGAGUUAUAGUGAUUGUUUCCGAAAAUAUAUUUUGUUUUGUCAGUGGGCACUUUUGUAUAAGAGGACGGGCUAUCAAAUUGACAAUUUUUGCAAGAGAUCAAAUUCUGUAAUUGUCUCAUAUUUAGGGACUUCACUGUCUAUCUUGAUUCUUUGAAAUGUUUUAUCAGGCCUGAUGUUCCAAACAAUAUUUUGUUUUUGUUUUGCUGAGUGCCUAAUUUUGAUGUCAUUGGGAAAAAUUUAUUUCAAUAAUUAUAAAUACGUAUAUAUAUACACAUUCAUAUAAUAAAUAUGACAAUUAGACUCAUAAUAUUGUAUGUAGCUGAACUAUGUGCUAUGAUAUUUCAAUGCUGUAUGGACAAACAUGAACUUUCUAAAAUGAUUUUCAUUUUUUGGGGGUGGAUGAUUGAGAAUGAUUUUCCUUUUGACCAUAAAAGCACAAUAUAGACUGACUCUGGUUAUUUUUGCUAUUUUGAUUUUUAUGAAAUGUGUUGGUUUUGUUGUUCAUAUAGUUUGAUGAUUACAUCUGCCAUGGGAAUAGAGCUAAUAAAUAGUCCAUGCCUAAAAUCCAUUU